AUGGGUGGAUGGUGCGAGAAGGGGAUUCAGAUGCUUCUGGCCAUCAUCGGAGCGUUCGGCUCCUUUGGCUUGAUGACCAUUGCCAUCGGCACCGACUACUGGCUCUACUCCAAGGCCAAGAUCUGUAACGGCACCAACGGCAGCACUGAGGAGACACAAAGCGACAGGAAGAACCUGGGCUCCCUCACCCACUCCGGACUCUGGAGGGUCUGCUGUCUGGAAGGAACGAGGAGAGGGAUUUGCCAGAAUAUCAACCAUUUCCCUGAAGACACUGAUUAUGACCAUGACAGUGCGGAGUAUCUCCUGAGGGUAGUCCGAGCGUCCAGUAUAUUCCCAAUCCUGAGCGCCAUCCUGCUGCUGAUGGGAGGUGUUUGUAUCACCGCUAGCCGUUACUAUAAAACCAAAAGGAAUAUCAUCCUGGGGUCCGGAAUUCUCUUCGUUGCCGCUGGUGAGUCUCAGAUGAUCCACACAGUCCGGAGCGAGGGAGGGGGAACGGAGUGA